AUGCCCAACAACCUCACACCGUCCUCGUCAUCAGCCGGCCUUCCCCCACGACCGGCCGUCCCUCAGCCCGCCGCUGCCGGCCUCCAACCGCCACGGGGCCUGAAUGACCAGGCGAUCUUAGAAUAUCUCUCGCGGCGUGGAUUCGCCAAGGCCGAGGGGGCGCUCCGUGCAGAGCUCGCCAACGCCAUCACAAACUCCUCUGCUGCUAAAGGAAGGACCGUUGGGCUUGAAGAAUUCGCGGACAAGAACGCUAAUACUUCCGAUGCCGCGAUCGCUGGACUGGGCAAGAAGAAAGAAGGCGUCGGUAGAAACUUGAUCAAGCAACCAUCUGAAUACGCCAAGGGUUAUGAAGGACUGCGCGAGUUUGUGAACAAUUCACUGGAUAUCCAUCGGCCUGCAUUCACGCCGUUCUUACUUCCUCUAUUCGUCCAUUCAUAUCUUGACUUGGUAGUGGAUGGGAGAAGAGAUGCUGCAGACGAUUUUUUGCAUCGUUUUUCAACAGACCACGAGAUAUCCGAGCCAUACUUGGUCCAGCAUUUAGCAUCUCUACGGCAUCCCUACCAUAUCCAAGAAUCAGAGAUCGCUCAACGAUGGAGGCGAGAGCGAUACGUUAUCAGGAUCAGUGAACGCGCUAAAAAUUUGUUGAUGACUUGGCUACAGACUGAAUCUCUGGGUGGCGAUACCGAUGAAAGUAGAGCCAAGGAUCGGAUGACAAGUACAAUUAAUGAGAAAGUUCGAGUUGAAUAUACCCCUAUAUCCCUACUCAGUCAAUUCCAAUCCGGACUUGAAUCUGAUUUCACUCAGCAACAGCAGCAAACUGCUCCAACCGAACCUCCGCUAAAACUGGGACCUGUUCCAAAAGAUCCAAAACUAAUGAGGGAAGUAUCGAAAAUUCUGGCGCAAGAAGGAGCUCCGCCCAAGUCGACAGAGCCCGGUGAUCUUCCAGAGGGUGAAAAUGCAGACGCGGCGAUGACUGAUGGCACGAAGACGACAGUGAAUCCUACCAAUGUGCCCACAACACCGAUCAUACCUGAAGCUUCCCUAUCCACCUCGGACGUGAUCCCGCCGACACCUUCUGAUCUUUUACCCUAUUCGACCAACUUCAAGACGAUCGACUUGAGGAGAGAGGUGGAGUCGAUCAGGGAAGCCAAAAAGCGGAUCAGACUGGGCCCAGAAGCGUUCAACGAUAACAAGCAAGUUGAGAAGGAGGUCGGGAAGCCGAGUGUGUGUGCAUUCACGAUCCAUGAUGCCGGGCAAACGAUGACUGCCGCUAGGUUCUCAGAUGACGUGACGAUUCUCGGUGCUGGUUUUUCGGAGAGCUACAUCAAGCUCUGGAACCUCAAAGGUGAACCAUUCGAGCCAAUCAGAGAUGAUGGCACCACCGAGGCUAGUAAUAUGGCGAGCAAUGAAGCUGAAACGAUAAGGAAGAUGCGCAAGAAGACGUCCAGCAAUUCGAUCAAACUAAUCGGUCAUUCCGGGCCCGUAUAUUCGCUGUCGUUCGACCCAAUUCCGGGCCCAUCCUCGCCGCCUCGCCAUCUUCUGUCGAGCUCGCAAGACUCAACCAUCCGGCUCUGGUCCUUGGACCUCUUCAAAAACCUGGUCGUCUAUCGGGGCCAUAGGGAGCCUGUUUGGGAUGUCGAAUGGGGUCCUAAGGGGAUCUAUUUCGCAUCGGCGAGCAGGGACCGAACGGCCCGGCUGUGGUGCUCUGAGCGUGUUGGAGCGGUGCGGAUGUUUGUGGGCCAUUUGAGUGAUGUUGAUUGUGUCAAAUUCCACCCGAAUUCACUUUAUCUGGCCACGGGCUCCAGUGACCGCACUUGUCGGUUGUGGGAUGUCCAAAGGGGCAACUCGGUCAGGGUGUUUCAUGGACACGAAGGCCCGGUUAACUGUGUUGCAAUCAGCCCUGACGGAAAACUAUUAGCAUCCGCAGGAGAGGAUCAAUCGAUUAAACUGUGGGACAUUGGAUCAUCGCGACUGAUGAAGACGAUGCGAGGCCAUCAAGCAUCAAUACACUCGCUCACUUUCAGUGCCGAGUCGACCAUCCUUGCCUCGGCUGGUGCUGAUUGUAGUAUCCGGGUUUGGGAUGUCCAGAGUAUGGGGACGACCGGCCAGAUGAUCUCCAAUCCUUCGCUCGAGAACCCCCAGGACUCGGUUGGCCAUCUUGGACUGAAACUCCAGGGCGACUCUCGGUCGACCAUCAAGCUACUAAGGCGCGGGUUGUUUGGCCUGCACGAGUAUCGUGAUACGCCCGACUUGUUACUCACCCUACCCACCCGUCAAACGCCGAUCCUAAAUGUCAGCUUUACGACCAGGAAUCUGUUACUUGGGGUUGGUCCGAUGGGAAAAACGCCAUCCUCUUAG